ACCAUUGAAGCGUCAUUCAUUUGAUUUUCAUCCCCAAAACUCAAAAUCUCAUGCCAGGACCAAGCUUGUCCGUUGAAACAACGACACUGCAAGUGGCUCCAUCAUUGUUAUUUAACUAUACAGUACGAUAAAUACACCUUGAAAUUAUAAGACACCAACGUUAAUCCAGCUUGUAGUAGGCGAUGCAGUGCCGCUGAGUAAUCGCUUACGUAACCAUACUCUGUUUGUUUAGAUUUCACAAAUGUGCAACCAUCUCUAACUCAGAUACCCACCAUGUCAGACUUGGACUUAGAGACUAUCAGAAAUGCCGCAGACAUCAUAAAUUCCAUGCUUAUUCUGCGAGCUUAUAUUGACGACGAAAUCAAGUUCAAUUGCAUCAACUGGGACGAUCUCGUGCAAGAUCAAAUCCACAACAAAGAAGCUAUUCCCAAGCUAGAUGAGUUGAAAGUAACGGAAACCAUAUACAACAACGACAAGAACAUUAUCAACAUAAUACAUUCAUUGGUGGGAGCUGUUGAUCGUAGCAGAAACCACUUCAAGUUGUCGAACCAAACAAUAAGCCAGAAGGAUGCCACUAUCGAGAAGCUCAACAAACGUAUCGAAAGUCUUGAAAACCAAGUGGAGUCAUAUCAGUCUCAGUUGAACAGGACAGUACAAGUUGACCAGAGUAAGUUGAACCAAAGAAUCGCUUCUUUGACGAAACACAACAAGCUACAAGCACAAGAUUUGAACAAGUUAAAGAGCUGGAUCAACGAUAUGAGAUCGAAAUAUCAAAUUGAGCUCAAGAAGAAGACGCUUGAAAUAGACGAGUUGAAAAACAAAUUGGUGGACAAGCGCAACUUAUCAUCUACUACUGUCUACGGCAUUCCAUUGUCAUCGAAAGGAGGAAGUCCUGCCGUAGAAGAAUCUUUCCUCAAGUCAAAUGUAAUAUACAACAACAACCCAAUAAUAGACAAUACCACUGGAGUCCAGGAAGCCAAUGGAACAAACGUGGCAAACUUGAAGAGUUUAGUGAACAAAGAAUAUGAGGAUAUGAUAGCAGACUUGACCCCAAUAAUAGAAAGCUUGGUGGUCGAAAAUUUCAAGUAUUCUAAAUUUAUUGAUGUGAUAAAUCAGUAUUACUCUGGAUUCAACAACCAGUUUUCUGAUCAAAAGUUGAAAAAUGGAGGUUUGAGUUUUCCUAACCCUUCAGGGGUUAUUGAUUUGAAUGAGAUAUCAAAAACAAAUCCCGAGACUAUCAAGAAAUAUCUUGACGAAAUGGAAUCGUUUGAAUUUGCUGCUAAACCAUUAUUGAAUAACCUUUACAAGUUUUAUCACAACAUUAGUGGUUUAAUCCAACUUAUAGAUGCUUCUUCGAACAAAUCGGAUCCCGAUGGUUCGAGGUUGAAACAGUUGGAAAAAGAAUUAGAGAGCGUGAAAAAGAACUGGAAAGAUGCAUUAGCGAUUGCAGAGAAUUGGAAGAACUACCAACAGAGCAAAACAUGAAUACUAGACCCUGUUUGA